GACGAUGAAGACAAGGUGCUUUACCGGGACCAGGUGGUGAAGAAUUACCAAGCCCUCGUUUCCCUGGCUCCUAGGAACUUGGUGUUCAACCCGGCAGUACUUACCAAUUUGCACACUCAUCACCCCUUUUGGGACGAUCCUCCCAAUGGACAGGAUGAUAGCUAUUUUGCAGCUACAAUUAUUUCCUGUCCCUGGUGAUGAUGAAUUGAUUAUUCUCUCUCCCAGAAAAAAAUGUGAUUGUCGCCUACGUGUCAGGCUAUCGAGGUCCCACACCUGACUUAAUCUGCAGCAUCCAGCAAGGACGGGUGGAUCUUUGGACCUGUGCUGAUGAGGACUGUGGGGAAAUGUCAAGAUGGGAGGACCUGGUGCCAGGAGGUGCCUGGCUGCUGAGCAGAGCUGAGGAGCAGCCUCCUGUGGAAGAGUCUGCAGACAUGGAGCCAGCACAGAGUGCCCCAGGGAGUUUGGGUGAGAUGGACUCCCUGAGACCUGAGAAGGAGCGAUGCUACGAGAGUCAGGGGAGGCCCCAAAAGCAGAAGCAGAAGAAGGUAGCCAUGAGCCAGGACCGGUGCAUCCCCCGAGGGAGGAUCACUCACCACUGCACUGAGUGCCGGAAGAAUUUCACCUGCUUGCAAGACCUGUCCCAGCAUGAGUGUGUGCAGCAGCACUGCACCAAGUGUGGGAAGAGAUUCAGGCAGCUGUACAACUUGAGAAAACCAGGAUCCCUGCUGAAGUCGUUCUGAGGUGGGCGGGAACCUGCUCCCUUUGUCUCACGUUUCCCACUCUUGCCAGCCAGGUGACCAGGUCUCUCACCUGUCUAUCACUCUAGUUGCUAACCAACCCUCUAGCC